GCUCAUCAGUCAAACAGAGUGUGCAAUGCCUUGGCCUUGUUACAGUGUGUGGCAUCACACCCAGAAACGAGAUCGGCAUUUCUUCAGGCCCACAUUCCGCUGUUCCUGUACCCGUUUCUUCACACCAUCCAUAAGACACGCCCAUUUGAAUAUCUAAGACUGACCAGCCUGGGGGUGAUAGGUGCUCUAGUCAAGACAGAUGAACAAGAGGUGAUAACUUUCCUUUUGACGACUGAGAUCAUUCCUCUUUGUCUGCGUAUAAUGGAGGCAGGAAGUGAACUCUCAAAAACGGUAGCUACAUUUAUUCUUCAGAAGAUUUUAUUAGAUGAAUUAGGCCUCUCGUAUAUAUGUCAGACAUAUGAAAGAUUUUCACAUGUUGCCAUGAUUUUGGGGAAGAUGGUGCUACAUUUGUCCAAGGAAAUGUCUGCCAGGUUGUUAAAGCAUGUUGUCAGGUGCUAUCUGAGACUUUCUGAUAAUCCCAG